AAGGACCCACCCCCACAUGAAUUUGUCCCUGAGAGGUGCGUCACAGAUAAGUCAGGCGGUUGAACCAACCGUCAAAGAAGACAUUUUAAUUCUGGUUGCUAUCCUGCCACAAUGUGACAGAACUGCUCUGCUUUUUGAGCGCCAUGCCUCUUUUUUGAAGUGAGAGCGAGAUACUUUUAUACUUACUCCUCCUUGAGGCGUGUGUGUAUCUCUGCCAGCCGCAGUCAUGGCCGACAACCCAGCUCCAGAACAAGGCGGCAUACUCCUGAAUGGAUCCCAGGGAGGGAAGCUCUCCAAGGGGAGCAAGGCUGGCAAGGAGGCCCUGCAGGCUCGGGGCCAGUGGGCCAGCAAGGCAGAGUUCCUGCUGGCUGUGGCAGGGCAGAUCAUCGGCCUGGGCAAUGUCUGGAGGUUCCCGUACCUCUGCUACAAGAAUGGAGGAGGUGUGUUCUUUGUCCCCUACCUGUUGUUCCUGGUGCUGUGUGGCAUUCCUCUGUUCCUCCUGGAGACCUCGCUGGGACAGUGGACCAGCCUGGGAGGGGUCAGCGCCUGGCGGACCAUCUGCCCGCUGUUUGGAGGUCUUGGUUACGCCAGCCAGAUGAUGAUCCUGCACGGCUGUGUGUACUACAUCGUGAUCCUGGCCUGGGCGCUUUUCUACCUGGCCUACAGCUUCCAGGCGGAGCUCCCCUGGUCUCACUGCAACAACACCUGGAACACCAAUGCUUGCGUCCUGUUUGACCACCAGACGGCCAAUGGGAGCAGCCUGCCUGAGAAUGCCACCUCCCCAGUCAUGGAGUUUUGGGAGCGUGAGGUGCUCCAUCUAUCCAGCAACUUAGACGAGCUGGGUCCGGUCAGCUGGAGGCUGGCUCUGUGUCUGGCCAUCAUCUGGCUCGUCUGUUACUUCUGUGUCUGGAAGGGAGUCAAGUCCACCGGCAAGGUGGUGUACCUGACAGCCACCUUCCCAUAUGUCAUGCUGUUUGUGCUGCUGGUGCGCGGUGCCACCCUGCCCGGCGCGGCCCAGGGCAUCGUCUACUACCUAAAACCCAACCACACCCGCCUGGCAGACCCACAGGUAUGGAUGGAUGCAGGCACUCAGAUCUUUUUCUCUUAUGGAAUCUGUCUGGGGAGCCUGACGGCCUUGGGCAGCUACAACAAAUUCAACAAUGAUUGCCAUAAGGACUGCUACCUGCUGUGCCUCCUGAAUAGCAGCACCAGUUUCCUUGCAGGGUUUGCCAUUUUCUCCGUCCUGGGCUUCAUGGCCCACGAGCAGGGCGUCGACAUAUCAGAGGUGGCCCAGUCAGGGCCCGGUCUCGCCUUCAUCGCCUACCCCAGGGCUGUAGCCAUGAUGCCUUUACCUCAACUCUGGGCUGUCUGCUUCUUCCUCAUGAUCAUCAUGCUUGGUUUGGACACGCAGUUUGUGAGUCUGGAGGCGCUGAUGACGUCAGUGACUGACCUGUACCCCCAUCUGAUCAGACGAGGCCGGCGCAGAGAACUGCUGCUGCUGUUCAUCUGCAUCGUCUGCUUCCUGGUAGGACUGGUCAUGGUCACGCCGGGUGGUCUGUAUGUGUUCCAGAUAUAUGAUCAUUUCUCCUGCAGCGGAGCCAGUCUGUUGCUCCUCUCCAUCUGCCAGUCUCUGGCCAUCGGCUGGGUCUACGGUCCGGAGCGAUUCAGCGCCAACAUCAGGGAUAUGAUUGGCUACAACCCACUGCCUGUCUUCAAGCUGUGCUGGAAAUACCUGACCCCAGCUGUGUGCACUGGUACUUUUGUGUUUUCGCUGGUGUGUUGGUCUCCACUGAGCCUGGGGAAAGGCCUGAUUGCUCCAGGCUGGGCCACCACCCUGGGAUGGGUGCUCACCCUCUCCUCCGUCUCCCUGCUUCCCAUCUGGGCCAUCUACGCCCUAGCCACCACCCCAGGGACCCUUCUGCAGCGCUUCCGUCGCCUGUGCAGCCCUGACGAGGACUUCCUCCCCCCCGGCAAAUCGUCUCCCUCCUUCGAUCUUACCCUGCCACUGACCGAUAAGCCCAAGGAACCAAUCACAGACCUCAUUGAGGCUCAUAUGACCUGAUUACACUCAGCGACGCCGUCCCAGAGGAUUUUCCCCAGCCAAUCAGGUGUGGCAAAGGAGAGCAGCGGUGCGACCUGUCAAGGGUCGUUUCUUUUCCUUCAGGACCUGUCUCACUCUCUAUUCUGAUGAACUGCUAUCAGGUACUAGGGUCAGUUUUUGGAACAGCACACACUCUUCGAUCUUAACAGUGGUCUCUGAAAAAUCUCCAACUUCUUUUUUACUAUUCACUACCUGAAUGAAUUUAUUUUAGAGCCAUAUUCUUAAAAGCAUCGCACAGAGCAAGGCAGUCAUUUGUGUCAAUGUAUUUACUGUGAACCAAAGAUGUUCUUCAUAUCAGUAUACCUCAGAGAAGUGGUUUUAAUGGACUUACACAGUUUUUAUACAUAUAUAUAGAUAUAUAUCUAUAUAUCUAUAUAGAUAUAGAUAUAUAGAUAUAGAUAUAGAUAUAUAUAGAUAUAUAUAAUGUGAUACAUGCUUAAUUACUGUUUGCUUAACAGGUCUAUUCAGAUCUCAGAUAAACAGAUGCCAUUCAAGAAAAUGGGCAGAGCUAACUCCAUUUGCUCAUUUUACCGGUUAGAACUACAAUGUCAUAAUUUUUGAUCAUUUAAACGUGUUGGCCCAGCAAGUAGAUGUUAAAAACUGGUUCGCUAUUGAUCUAUUAAUGUGGUUCCAAUGGGAACCUGCAAGCAAGAGACAAGUGUCUCUCUGCUGACGUGUUAAUAUGUCUGCUUAGCUAGAGCAUCUCUCCAUAAAACAUAUCUGCCAUUCUGCUCGAGUGGCAGGUAUCAUGCAAAAUGACUCUAUGAGUCAGACAUGUAUUUUUUACACUGAUUCAACCCAACAUUAUGUCUGUACCCUCACCUCAGCUCCUGGCCUCUGUGGUAGCCAUACCAUACAGUUUCAAUGGUUCAUAACAUGCCUUAUGUCCAAAACAGAUGUUUCCUAUGUUGCUGUUUGUAUGCAAAACAAGGGUUUUGUUGCUGUGGUGCAACAAUACCACUUUUUCACUGCCAAUACUGAUGUUGUGCACUUAACUUUAAAGUAAUUGAUAAAAGUGAUUUGGCUCUUCAGUCAUCCGUUCUCUCCAUUAGAAAAACAUCUUUCUAUGCACAAAGCAGCGGAAAAUCUUGCGACAGAGUUGGCGCCUCCAUUGUUUGUUUUGUGCCAGUCGCUGUCCUAGAAGUGCACUUAUGGCAAUGAGCAUGUGUCUAUACACUGUAGUAAAUGCAGUCCAAAUCGAGCUGGGGCCCAUGCAAUCAAGUGUGUUUGAAUUGUUUUAUUCAGUUCUGUUACAAAAAUACAUGAUUUAAUGGCCACCAGCAGAUGUUCUUCCUGCUGUGUUAAAAAAAAACUCAAAUUUUGAUUGAAUUCACACACAGAUGAAUUCAGCUUUCACACUAAAUAGCACAUCUGACACUCCGACAAAUUGAUUCCUGUUUGUAGAGGACUUUGCAGUGCAGGGUCAGCUGUAACAUGUUGAAUGUAAACCUGUAGGGUAGCACUGUGAGACAAUGUUCAUUGAAUGUCUCCUCAACCUCAAAUCAGAGAUGGCACUUUAAGCAAUGGCAAGAUUUGUAAAGAAGAAAUGAAGGUGUUACUGAAGAGGUAUUAAUGUUUAAAAGAAAGCAUCAUGCCUAAAAUUGCGCUGUUAUAUUUGUCUGUACUUUGAGGUUUGUUGAUUUGAAGUGAAACAAGCCAUUUCACCACUGGACGGUAAUCCCUUCAUCUGAUCAAACACAAGUAUUUCUCUUAGAUGUUGUCUGAAUGCAGAAGAAUUUCAUAAUCCAUUUACUUUUUUUCUCUCUUAGAUCCACAGCACUAUAUUUUUAUCAAAGUGAAUGAAAGUGAAUCUCUAAAUUUAACAAAUGUCUCAUUUGAAAUUUUGUUAAAAGGUCAAAAUAAAUUAACAACAUUCCAUACCAUAUGUUACUCUGUUUUUUUUUUUUCUUAAUUUUGGAGAAGGGGUUUUGAAUAAUCAUUACUCAUCUGCUAUAAUUCUGUCCUUGCUGUAUUACCCAACAUGAACAAUACUCAAUGCUGACUUUUGAUUUUGGGAUAAACAUACUGCUAAUAUGCUCAAAUACAGGGUACAAUCGAACACAAUUGAAUACAAUUUAAAAAUAUAUAUAUAUCUUUUGAGCAAGCGUGAUGUGUUUAAUAUACUUUCUGUGGUAACUUGAAAAUACUGUUUUCUGGUGCACUGUCAUUCGGACCUGAGUCAAUUAUAAAAAUAUAACUGAAGUCCUUUCAGACACUCCACUGAGAUUAAUUAAGCUUGGCUGGCAGCACAGUGGAAACCAAUCGAGCUGCUCUAGAAGUGCAAACACCCCACCCAUCCAGAGUCGCUGGCACACAGACGCAAACACACCGAGUUAUUGAAAGGUUUUCAUUUAUUUUUAAGUUGAUGCAAGUGUUCUGUCACCUCUGUUUACUAGGCCAUAUUUGGAUAUGGUUCUUUAUUUUUAAAUGGGAUUGUAUGUGUAUUAUUUUCUUAUCUAAAUGAAAAAAAAUA